AUGAGCGUUACUCAUCCUUCUGUGAUCUUUUUGAAGGUGGAUGGAGAUAAAGUCCGCGAAGUCUCAUCGAAGUAUCAAGUCGAAGGUUUCCCGACGAUAUUGUUGAUUCGAAACGAGAAAGUGGUUGACAAAGUGGUGGGAUAUGCGCCGGAGGACAUUGAAAGCAAAAUCGAAGGCAAGUUGGAGAUGGAGAUGGAUUUGGUCUAUGCCUAA